AUGGCGGCCGUUAUGGUUCAGCCCUUGAUGCAAGUUCUUUAUGCCGUAACACCACCUACGUCGCAACUCCCAACCUCAUCCCGUACAACGAGCUACAGUGGCUUAGAAGAUCUACCGCCAGAGAUAAGACGCAAUAUUCUGUCUUUUCUGGACAUACGGAGCCUGAACUCUUUAGUGCACUCAUCAUCCGUUUUCCACGAGCAGUAUUUCGAAGAUCAUCGGUAUUUGCUCUGCUCAUCAUUGGAGACGACCUUGGGCACCGUUUCUCCCGAUAAGGAAUUGGAUCUCUGUCCCGUCGAGAUUCUUCGUCUAUUUUUCUGCCUAUUUGAGCCAUGGGAGGUUGAGGAAAUACUGUGCAUCAAUACUUUCGCACAGGAUAAGUACGACAAAAUAUUUCGUGAAAUAUAUUGGGAUUUGAACAAAAGUAGCCCAAAAUUCGACGGCCAACGCCCGCCUACACCUGAUGGAGCUUCCGACUUUGAUCAUGGUUGGGCACGAAAGGAACUGCCGACUGAAACCGUGUCUCGUGGCCUCGAAUUGCUCCACAGAGUCUCUUACAAAAUUAAGGACCAUUCGCAACUGGUCCAGACGAUGCAAGAAAACAUUACUUGGCCUUUAGGUAAUUUCCUUAUAGACCUAGCUUUAGGCGAAACGGCACAAUGGGCGCGGCGGCAGAAAGCUUACUCUAACAGAGAUGAGAAGCAAAACCGCCGCGACCCGCUACCUUUCACCCAAGACGCGGAAUCGCAUCCCCCGCUGGCUUCGACGUUGAUAUGGGGUGGCACCUAUAGUAACUUGUAUGGAUGGUACGUGCAUGAUGAUAUUCGUCGGCUCGGUUACGUUUUCCUUGAUGCCAUGAAGAUCGAGUCGUUAGGCGCGAAAGAUAUUAUACUUCAAAAGUGUCAAGGGGAUUGGGGCGAUAGCGAUCCUCGAGAUAAUUCUUUUUGA